CCAGACAGGCAUCCCGCUGUGCGGUGUAGCCACGGGCUUAGAAAAAAAAAGUUUACAACAUCACGGGAAUAGACAGAAUAAUAAAAAAUCUACAUCGAAUUAAAAUUUCUAUCACGAGUUCAAUGCAUGCAGUGUUGUGGCGCGGUGGUGUUGUCUAGCUAAAGUGGGCGAACAAACGUCUACUGGCCGCAAGUGCGUCCAGUCGCUAGGUUGGUGUGAAAAUUGAAGUGCUUCUCGCAGCAAAUGCGAAAGAAUCUAGCCGCUUCGCAGCACCAGUACUAGCAGCAUAUUAUUGUAACUCGUUUGCCACCGAUGCUGCACCGCCUAUCGUAGUGGUUUGCCGUAUCAUCUCCGUCAUCGUCAAUACGCACUAUCGCGCUGUGUCGGGGGGAGGCCCAGAAGAAUGCUCUUGUGCGUACGACGAUGGCCAUCGGGCGGAGCUUGUUUUUGUGAGCCACACCACCUUCCCCGCUGCCGCCGCUGCUGCUGCUGCUGCUGCAGUUGAGUGAAAAGAGUGAGCAAUCUGUUACGACUAGUGUGCACCACCCACCCGACUCGGUGCCCGCUCCCUCGUGUUGCCCACAUUCCCGCCCAUGUCCAGGUGCCCCAGAGCAGGCAGUGUGCGGUCUGGGGCGUAAAGUGAAGGGAAGGGGGCUGAGAUCAUCCGCACGGAGCCUACUAGGAAAGAAGGGCCAGAAUCCUGGCUGGCUGGCUGGCUGGCUAGCUGGGUGUGUGUGUUGCCAAAGGGUGGCGCCGUGCAUAUUGUUGGUGAAAAGUGUGAAAGCUAGUGCGUGUGUGUGUGCGUGCGUGCGUGCGUGCCUAUAUUCCCCGGGGGUGGUGCAGCAGCACCCUAGCAGAGGAGAGCGUGCGGCGUGUAGGUGCGUGCGUGUGUGAGCCUGUGGUUGGCGCAGCGGAGAAGCGUGGGAGAAAAAUAAACAAAAAUGAUGGCCAAUCUGACAGAUGGUGAGCAAAGUUUUUGCAGCUCAGUGACAGUUCAACAGCAGCAGCAACAGCAUCAAAUAUCAAGUGGCGUGGGUGGAGGAGGAGGAGGAGGAGGAGGAGGAGGAGGAGGAGGAGGAGGAGGAGGAGGAGGAGGAGGGGGUGUUGGGAAUGUGUCGCAUGCCGGCAACGCCUCGCACGUAGGCGUCACCGGCGCGGAGGAUGGCGAGAGCGGACUGGGCAGCACGGUUACCGUCGGGACGGCAUCGUCGUCGGCGAUGAUGGGAUCGAUGACGCCGACGCCGACCGCAUCGACGACGACGCUGACGGCGGCGCCGACCGCCGGUACGUGGUCGGAAUUUUGCGAGCGUCACGCACGGGCGGCCUCGGCGGACUUUGCCCGGGCGUGCGUAAAUUACGUCACCAACAAUCUGCCGGAAGUGGCCCGCCACACGAUCUCCCAUCGGGACUUUAUGCGGCGCUUCGUGCAGUGCUUCGAGUCUCGCUUCGAGGACGAGUUUCAGCGCCGCCGAGCGCAACCUAAGACUGGAAACGGGUCCGCAACGGUACCGGAGGAAAGCGACUAUUCCGAGGAUACAGAUUCGCCAAAAACCAACCACAAACCGUUCUUCCGCCGACUAUCGUUCAAAGGGCUCCGCAAGGGCAAGGUGAUUCAUGCAUUUUUCCACAAGCAACACUCCGACGAGGUGGAACUGUCGGAACGGCGGGCGAGCAAAACCAAGCUCGCAAAGAUCGUGGUCGAAUGCCGGAAGGAGGGCACCGUCAACUACCUGUCACCGGAAAACCUCGACCAGCCCGGUUCGCAGAAGUGGGAAAAGUGUAAGCUGGUGCUGGUGAAAACGGUUUCGGGAUACAUGCUGGAAUUUUACUCACCACCAAAGUCACAAAAGCCCCGGAGCGGUGUGUUUUGCUUUCUCAUAACGGAGGCCCGCGAAACGACGGCGCUCGAGAUGCCGGAUCACGAGAAUACGUUCGUGCUGAAGGCCGGCAACAACCUGGAGUACGUCAUAGAGGCCCGCGACACGGACGACAUGCGCAGCUGGCUGGCAACGAUACGCUACUGCAUGCGUAGCACGCAACCAAACUCGGAACCGUCGGAUGCGGCGGCUAGCUCGGAUUUGAUCGCCACACUCAGUACCUCAAUGUCGCACGGCGGCGGCGGUGGUGGUGGUGGAACCGGACUGACAUCGAACCUGGCCGCGGACGUCAACAACCUCAGCCUGAAUCAAUCGCUCACGGCCCAGAGCGGGAACGUCGGUACGGCGGCUGGUGGCGGAACGGUAACCGGUACCACCGCCACCACCACCACCUCCGGCCAGACAGCGAACGCGAACAACUCCUCCCUUACGGCUGCCAGCGCACCGGAGCUGCCUCCCCGCCGGCCGGACGACCGGAUAUCGUCGUCGAGCAACUUCGAGCUGACCGAGAACGAUCUGGACGUGUCGCACGAGCACGACACCGACCUGACCGCGAUGAUGCACGAGUACCCGUGGUUCCAUGGCACGCUGCCCCGGUUCGAUGCCGCCCAGCUGGUGCUGCGCGAGGGCACCUCUAGUCACGGCGUGUUCCUAGUGCGGCAGAGCGAAACGCGCAAGGGCGAGUUUGUGCUCACGUUCAACUUCCAGGGCAAGGCGAAGCAUCUGCGCAUGACGCUGAACGAUCUGGGCCAGUGCCGGGUGCAGCACCUCUGGUUUCCCUCGAUUACCGAGAUGCUCGAGCACUUCCGGCAGCACCCGAUACCGCUGGAAUCGGGCGGCACUGCCGAUGUGACGCUCACCGGGUACGUGCUGACCCCGCUGCACCAAGAAAUGCUCACGCAACAGGCCGCGCAGCAGCAGCAGCAGCAGCAGCAACAGCAGCAGCAACAGCAGCAAUCGGUAAUCGGCCUGCAGGGCGGUCCGCAGACGGCAGCCAGCAACAACUACUCGACCACGCUGAUCGGCAGUAGUAACAGUAGCAGUAAUAAUAACGCCACCGGCGGUGCUGCUUCCUCCAACGUUUCCUCCUCCAAUGCGUCCAGCGGGAUGGCUACAGGGGCCACCGGCGGCGGUAGCACAGCGGCCAGCAAUCCUCAAACCAGCCCAAGACAUCUGCCAACGCAAGCGAUCACGCUGAACGGAAGCGUGCGGAUCAAGACGUGCGAUCUGGAGCUGUCGCUGCAAACGGUUCCGGUCGAGCAGAUGAGCUCACAUCUGCACCAUUCCCAUCAGCAGAUGCAACAUCAACAACAGCAGCAGCAGCAACAGCAUAUUCACGUUCAUGCGCCACAGCAGCAGCAGCUACAGCAACAGCCCGGAACGAGCGGAUUGAACCAAGGGUUGGCUGCCGGUUCGCAGCCAACAGGCGGCGGCACUAGCGAGGACGGUCAACGGGCCGUGGAUAAUCAGUACAGCUACGUUUGAACGUGAAUUUGUCCACGUUUGUUU